AUGGGCCGGGACCUGUACUGGCCGCCCAGCGUGCGGCGCAACGCCACCGUGGCCGACGUCGUCGGGUCUCCCGAGGGGCAGCUGGUCGCGGGCUGCGGGCGGGACAGCGCCAGGAGGGGGCUCGCCGGAGCCCCGCGGCAGCAGGACCCGUGGAGCAGAUGGGCCACCUCCUACUACGGCGGGAAGGACAUUGCGCACCACCGCAACAUCGUGUGGAGCCAGGGGCUCCUGGACCCCUGGUCCGGCGGCGGCGUCUACCCGCCCGGGGGCGGCGUCGAGGGCCCGCUCCGCCAGAACAUCUCUGCCGACGGCUCGCAGGUCGCGCUGCUGAUCGACCUUGGAGGGCAUCACCUGGACCUCUUCUUCGAGGACCCCGCGGACCCCAACGCGGUGAAGGAGGUGCGCAGGAUCGAGGAGGAGAUGGUCUCGCAGUGGUGCGACGAGUGGCGAGCCAUGGCGGACGAGGUGGUGAUCUGAGUGGCCUUCCCAAGGGGCCCGCGGGCUCGGCGGGGCCCCGGAUCGCUCUCUCGAGCUCCCCCCGUCGCAGGGGCCGAAGUGCCACCGGUGACGCAGCCACCGGCUCCUCGGAGUCUGCAUGCAUAGGGGGGCGCGCUGCCCGCGCCAGGGACGGAUUCGAAGGUUUCGCCUGGCGACGCUCAGACGACACGUCCAGAGCGCUCUCCUC